AUGGAAUUCUCCUUUGGAAGGAAUGGUCGUCUACGGUACGAUGAAACCUUUGCGGUUCUCAUCUGCCUCGAUUGUAGCUAUGCUGUGCAAAAGAGCGCCAUCGAGAGCCACCUCCUCAGACAUAAGAUUUACCGUGGGGAAAGAAGGACGCUCCUCGCACAAAUCGCAAAACUACACCUCGCAGAACCGGAGGAUGUGGUACCGUCCCCGGUCAUCGCAGCCCCCGUAGAUGGGCUGGCCACUAUUCCAGGCCAUCGCUGCGUAGCCGACGGAUGCAAUGCACUCUGCGCCAGCUCCAAGCGCAUGCGCCGGCACUGGAGCGAAGUACACGACACGGUCGACCAGCCGCUCACCGCCAUGGCCAGCGAGGUCCAUCUACAAACUUUUUUUCGCGGCACAAAACUAAAGUACUUCCAAGUCUUGGUGGACGGUGCGACAAGUCUCGCUCCAGUCCGAAGUGGCUCGGCAGACAGUCCCCCAUCGGACACCGUUGAGCCUGGUGGUGCAGUCUUCGAAGCCAUCCCUUCGCAACGACUGGCCGCUGCGGCGCCAUUGCAGAUUGAGAUGGAAACGCUCCAAUAUUUUCAUCAUUUUGCGAGUGUCACAAGUUUGACUCUGCCCACCAGUAUCGACCGAAAUGCUGCAUAUUGGCAGGCCGACGUGGUCUCUCGAGCUUUGCAGCUGCGCUGGAUGAUGUGCGGGAUCCUGGCCCUGGCGGCUACGCACAAGUAUGCGCAAGCACAAGAUCGAGAUGUGCAACAGAUGCAUAGCGAUCGGGCCACGCAAUUCCAAGCCGAAUUCCUGGGCACCUGGCCAACGCAGCUCGGCGUCGUCGAGGGCCCAACAAUAGAGCUUGGCGCGCAACUCAGAUGCAUCCAGCGACUCUGUCAAAUAACAUUCCCGGCUCACAUGGGCAACUUCGAAGAUCUCGGGAGACUAAAGUGGCCGAUUCUUACCAAGACCAUUCGAGGCUGCCAGGAUCCGUCCAUUGCAGUUCUCACUGCACCGUACGCCUCACCGUACCCGACAUCACCCAGAGCCAAGACUGUCGAAUCGAAGGUCCUGGCGGCUACUGUGCCGAAUAAGGCGCCGCCUUCUCUGCUGAAAAGCCUUCGCGAGUUGCCGUUUCGCAUGGCAGUGGCACUAAGCAAGCCCGAUAGCCAAGAAGACCUCGUAUCUGUCGUCUCUGCCAUUGAGAUACUCAUGGACUGUUUCAUCAUCAGCUAUGCAGCAGACGACGAUGGUGGCGCGGCCGCAUGGCUGGGCAUGGAAUGUUGGUUGCGGGAAGUGCCGGACCAUUUCAACGAUAUGCUCUCGCAUCAAGUACCUGCAGCGCUCAUUGUCCUGGCACAUUGGUGUCUGCUGGUAAAACGGACCGAGUCGUAUUACUGGUUCAUGCGGGGGCUGGAGGACAAGGUUGUGCGUGGUAUUUUGAACCAAGUCCCCAACGACGCGUCUAUACGUGAAUUAGUGGAGGCUUGCCGGGGUUCGCUGUUAGAAUAG